AGGAAAAUGGAGUCAGAUGACGAAAGUUUCCGGGUUUGUCUGAGAUAAACUGAGUAUUUCCCUCUCGGAAACCAGAGGUUACUUUCGGACAAGCGAUCGCAUGAGUGUAGUCUGAAAUCUGCUCCUGCUUCUGACCUGUGCGUAGCGACUGAGGACCCAUCCAUCUGCUGCUAGUGGACUUGGAUCUACGCCGCUAAUUCUUUAGGUGAACCAAGAUUCCUACCAUUAAGGAUUCUUUGGUCUGUAAUUUCCCCUCACCUCCCAUUUGAUCAACCUUGGGGUUUGGCCUCACUGCAAUCCCCCAGACCACAGGAACUCAGCACUAAGCCCUUCACUCUGAGACAGACUCCUCCCCCUCUCUCAGGCUCAACCCCAUCACUAACUCAAUAAGCCCCUCCCCAUACGAUAACUCGGUCCUGUAAGUGAACCAAAAUGAACCUCAAGGAAAACGCGUAUACGCUCGCCUUCUUCCCCGUCCGCCUGCUGAUCUGGCUGUACACGGUCAUUACAUUUGUCCCAUGGUAUAUCCUCACCCAUACCCACGAGAAGCUAGCCCUGGGAAAGAGGGUAAAAGCGAAGUCCACCACGGGCAGCCCCGAGGGGCCCUACCGAUCUGUGGACCGAUUCGACUCCCUGGCCACCAUGGACUUUCCGGGAAAGGACACCAUUGACAAGCUGUGUGACCACGCCGUGCAGCGCUUUGGGAAAGCCGACUGCCUUGGGACCAGGGAGGUCCUGAGCACAGAGAACGAGAUCCAGCCCAGUGGGAAGGUGUUCAAGAAGCUGAUCCUGGGUGAGUACAAGUGGCUGUCGUACCAGGAUGUGGACGUGGCGGUGAGUCAGUUUGGCAGUGGGCUGACAGCCCUGGGCCAGCAGCCAAGGAGCACCAUCGCCAUCUUCUGCGAGACGCGGGCGGAGUGGAUGAUCAGCGCCCAGGCCUGCUUCAGACGCAACUUCCCACUGGUAACGUUUUAUGCGACCCUGGGGGAGGAAGCCAUUGCGUAUGGGCUGAACGAAACUGGGGUCACCCACUUGAUCACCAGUGUGGAGCUCAUGGAGACCAAACUGAAGAGUGUGCUUCCUGAGAUCCACAACCUGAAACAUAUCAUCUGCGUGGACACCAAGGGCCUGAAUAAGACUGGGUACCCUGAAGGCCUACAAAUCCACAGCAUGGAGGCUGUGAAAGAGCUGGGAGCCAAGCCCGAGAACAUGAGCGUGAAGAUAGAGCGUCCCCAACCCUCAGACCUGGCGGUCAUCAUGUACACCAGUGGCUCCACCGGCCGCCCAAAGGGCGUCAUGAUUCUCCACAACAACCUGAUCGCUGGAAUGACGGGCCAGUGUGAGAGGAUCCCAGGGCUGGGUCCACAGGACACCUACAUUGGCUACCUGCCACUGGCUCAUGUGUUGGAGAUGACCGCAGAGAUCUCCUGUGUGACGUAUGGCUGCAGGAUUGGGUACUCCUCACCCCAGACACUCUCCGACCAGUCGACAAAGAUCAAGAAGGGCAGCAAGGGAGACUGUUCUGUACUGAGGCCUACUCUAAUGGCAGCUGUUCCGGAAAUAAUGGACCGCAUCUACAAGAAUGUGAUGAGCAAGGUGCAGGAGAUGGGUUAUGUGCAGAGGACCCUCUUCAAACUGGCCUAUAACUAUAAGCUGGAGCAGGUCAAAAGGGGCUAUGACGCACCUCUCUGUAACAUGCUCCUCUUUAAGAAAGUGAGGGCGCUGCUGGGGGGGAACGUGCGGAUGAUGCUUUCGGGGGGAGCGCCCCUGUCCUCCGCCACCCAGCGCUUCAUGAACGUCUGCUUCUGCUGCCCCGUGGGCCAGGGCUACGGCCUGACCGAGACCUGCGGCGCCGGCACCAUCACUGCAGUGGCAGACCACAGCACUGGGCGAGUUGGAGCUCCCCUCAUCUGCUGCGAGGUCAAACUGAGAGACUGGGCCGAGGGAGGCUACACCAAACACGACAAGCCCCACCCCCGAGGGGAGAUCCUGAUUGGAGGGCCCAACGUCACCAUGGGUUACUACAGAAGCAAGCGCAGCAAGGACGGGGAAUUCUUCACGGACGAGGCGGGCCAGCGCUGGUUCUGCACGGGUGACGUGGGCGAGGUCCACCCAGACGGCUGCCUGCAGAUAGUGGACCGCAAGAAGGAUCUGGUGAAGCUGCAGGCCGGAGAGUACGUCUCACUGGGCAAAGUGGAGUCUGCUCUGAAGAACUGCUCCCUCAUCGAUAACAUCUGUGCAUACGCAAACAGUGACCAGAACUACGUGGUCAGCUUUGUGGUGCCCAACCAGAAGAGCCUGACCGCCCGGGCCAAUCAGAAGGCCAUCGAGGGGACCUGGGAGGAGAUCUGCAACAAUCCCAUCAUGGAGAAGGAGGUGCUGAAGGAGAUCACAGAGGUCGCAAAAUCAAUCAAACUCCAGCGGUUUGAGAUCCCGGUCAAGGUCCGCUUGAGCCCAGAGCCGUGGACCCCUGAGACGGGCCUCGUCACGGACGCCUUCAAACUGAAGAGGAAGGAGCUGAAGAAUCACUAUCUCCACGACAUCGAGAGGAUGUACGGGGCCAAGUAGUUCUGCAGCCCUGGCCCAGGAAUGUCUCUAGCUUUUUUUAUAUAUACACGUACAGUCAUGUGACUAAGAAAUACACCCUCUUUCAAUUCUAUGCUUUUAUAUAUUAAAAGCAUGCUGUAUUUUGACAACCCUGACUGAGUCCUAAGAGUAGAUAAAUGUAAACUCAUGUGACAAAUUACACGAGAGAUUUUAUUAAAAUCACAGAAUGGAGAGAGGGUGUGCUUUCUUUUUCACUGUAGGCAAAGCAAAAUGUCUGUCCACUCCUCUGUCUGUCAGUCUUGGCAGCAGAGCGUGAGGAGUGCAGUCUGAUAUAGGAAGCACAACGCACUGUACGGAUGGGAACGAUGCCAGCUUUAUAUGAAAAUCCUUAAAAGAGGCCUCCACGGUCGGUAAAAAACAGGCGACUUGUGCUUUCACAAGGGAGGGAGUCCACUGCCAUUCAUUUUAAACUUUUUGAAUUUGUAUUUUGUAGGUUUUUGGAAUAUGUGGAUAUUAGCUUCCUGUGCUUUGUAAAAAUGUUUGUGUGUGCCUAUGAAAAGGGAGGAAGGUAUGUAGUUGCUGAUGUUGGCCUAAAGUUGGCUGAAGGAUAUGGUAGAAUACUAAUGACUUGCCAGUGCAAGGUCUCGUUGAAACAGGGUUGCUGAAUUUGAAAAGUAUGUUUUGUAGCAAGGAACUUUGCUGCCACAUAGUGGUGAGUGAUAUAUUGGGAUGAUGACACUGUGCCUUCGCUGAGAAACAAAAUGUCUAUUUGCAGCAUGCUUCAGUAUUUAACCACUCGUUUAAUAUGAGUUAGGCAGUGCAUUCCCAAAGGAGAUGGACUCUUUUUGUCAAAAUGGUCAUGAGCAUAACAGGUCCACUGAAGUUGUUACACAUGAGAGUGGCUUUGGAAUAAUGUGCAAUGCAUACAAUUUGUGCAGGGAGCUAUGGGACCAUUAAGAUUUUUUUCCUGUGCAUUUCAAACCUGUAAUAGAGCUAUAGUUUAGCUUAAAUUCACCGGCAGUUUGGUUCUGACGUGACACCGUAGCACCAAGUGAAAUGUGUCCAUUUCUAGUUGACUCAGGUAUUUGGUAUUCAUUUGUAGGUUAAUAUUUUUAGACGGUUGGUAGUAGACCUGCAAAACAGUGAUAUGGAUGUAUCAACAGACGUGUCAGAACAGCUGGUAUAAUAGCAACAUCAAAAAUCUUACAGUAAAUUAACCUUUGCAUUUGUGCUCUUGAUAUAGUCUGCUGCACUGUUUUUUGUCUUACUUAUGCUUAUAAAUUAUUUUGUACAGUAAAGUAGUAUUUCCAAAUAUUUUUAUUAGACCUAUAUUGCUGUGCUUCAAUCCGGUGAUCUAUAUGCAGUGUUUGUGUAACUUACUGUUCUUUUAAGAAGUAAUUCAGCAUUUCUGUCAAAUUCCCAAAUUUGGAUCCAACUACUGCAAACGAUGAUGAUUUUUGUCAAUGUGUAUGCGAAAUUAAUGUAGUAAUAUCUGUCACGAUUCAAAUGUAGAAUUAUCGGCGAUCAUUGGCUGGUAACCGCAAUUACUUUUUGUCUCUGGCAAUACCAUUCGCUUUGUUCAUGUCAUAAAGAAUUUCCAACUGCCUAAAUUGAAAUCAGUAUAAUCUUUCCAAAGCCAACACUCUGACACUGCUUGUGAAUCACAUGAUUAGCCCUGCAAACUUGAGUGGGAAACUAAAGCGAAGGCUGCUUAUUUUUUGUCUCCUAAAUGCCCAAAUGAAAAUAUGGCUUUUCAUUUCUAUAUUUAGAUGUCAAUGACCCUCAAUGAAUACAUUUAAAUUGUUUUCUUUAGCUUUUGUGCACGAGAAGUGAAAGUGUGUAAUGUUCCACGUGGUUCAAAUGCUGAAUUUUUAUGUAUAGAAUGCUGGUUCGGGCAGAAGAGUGCAGUCCAAUGUUUACACUUUUGUGAUGUUUUGAAGAACGUUCAUCUUUCUAGGAAUUGUAUUUUUUUUUCCUUACAGCUUUCAAAAGCCAUGGCAACCCUAGAAUGUUGAAAAGUUUAGAGUUGAGUUCAUUUUCUACUGAUAGAUGUUUGAAUUUUGUUAACGUUUUGUCAAAGACCAGUUGAAAUCACUGUAAUUUGUCUUGGAACAUUUUUGGAUGUUUCUUCUGCUGAUGGUGAAAUUUCAAGGAGCACUGUUGAGGGCCCUCUGUUUAGAUUUGGGGAGAAGUGACUCAGUGCCACAACACCUACAGAAUGUUGCCCGCAAAGUAGAUAACUUGAGCCAGGUUUUUAAGCUUCCUAUAAAUCUAUGGCUCUUCUUGGCCAUAGAUUUAUAGGAUUGGAUUGAGUUACAGACAUGGUAGCAGAGUAAUCAUUUUUGCUUUUAAAUCUGACAAAGAACCUGAAAGAUCAAAUUUAGUCUUUUUCAGUUUUUCUAUUGUUGAAAUGAAGAUGAAGUUGUCUUUCUAGCUGUUUUGAACAUGUAUGUGCAGGCACUGUAGGGCUAAGGAUAUUUAUUAUCAGAUUUUUAAAAACUAAGGCUGAGUGACCCCUGUAUCGCCCUGUAUCAACCUGUUUAGAAUAUGCUUGGUACCCAUAAUACCCAUAGUUGCGUCAUCUUAUUCAAUGCCAAAUUCACAUUUUAAUUGUUUGGCCAAGUGGGAAUUUAAAGAAGCUCAGCUUUCUAUCUAAAACAUUUAUCAUAGUGACAACACAAGUUUACAUCUGGGUACUGGAAGUAGCAUGCACGUGAGGUUUAUAGGCUCCAUUUCGUACAAUGAGGUAUAGCAUUACUGUUUGAACCAUGUGUCUGAUGUGAGAUUGUGAUCUUUGUAAAGAUUACACCACCCCUAAAACAAACCACACAGAUUUCUCUGCAAUGUGUUGCACAUAUGUGAAAGCAAACCAAAAUGGAGAGGCCUACAGAUCAGUAUAAAACUCUAAAACUACAUUUUUUGAGUCUGUAGGAGUACACCUGAUUUUCACUUAAAAAUCUGAUUAUUAACAGGUUACAGGGUUGUGAUAAAAUUCAGUUCUGUAUUAAAUAUUGUACAUGAACAAACCUUUGGCUAAAUGUGAACAUUUUCUAGUUAUCUAUAUUUCCAACAGAGGUUGUUUCCUACCCUUGGAUCAGGUUCUGUAAUCAGCAAGUUUGUUAGCACAGUUCUAGUUUCAAGACAUUCCAGUACCGCUACCUUGAAUAGUUCUAAUGUAACGUAUAUGACUUCACUGCAGACUUGAGCACUUAUUUGGUGAAUUUGAUUAUGUAAUUAUCUAUAUGAAGAAGUUUCUUGUCAAAGUGGAAUACAUCUGCUUUUUUUGUCCUCAGGGUUCAAAAAAAACAAAAAAAAAACAAAUUCCUCAGUGAAUUAAUUUCUGCAUAGCAGGUCAUAUUUCCAAAUGUCACCAUGUGAAGUAUAUGUGCUUAUUUUGUUUUGCCAGCGUUUAGAAAUACAUUGAUAUUUAUUCAAUUCUGUGGGGCUUGUAUAAUGUGUAAGUACAGGGUGGUUACAAACCAUUCCUGCCGGUCAGGUGUAAAUAAAGUGUUUUUGUAAUUA